UUAUUUGUUCAACAACAACGCCGAAUAUUUUACUGUCAGUAGAGAGUGCAGUUGCAGUUUAUACGUAUUUUUCUGGAAUUUAUUAUUGCAAUCAACAAAUGAAGAAGGGAUUGUGAAAUUAUAUAGAUAUUGGUAUCAUUAAAAAAACUGAAAUUAGAAAAGCAUAAUAAGGAAGUUAUCAAAAAAUUAGCAAAAGCAGCUAAUUCAAGCUGACAACUAACAAAAAGUCGAACAGCCGAUGUUUCCAAGUGCUUCUUGGCGUGGCUAAGGUUACGUUAGAUUUGGAACUAUUUGCCCUCAACAUUUAUACGAGCACCAACAAUAUAAAAAAUGCCAAUUUUAUAUAGUGUAAUAUCCCGAGGUAGCACAGUGCUGGCCAAAUAUGCAGAGUGUGUGGGCAAUUUUGCGGAAGUCACGGAGCAGAUAAUUUCAAAGAUAGCGGUGGAGAAUCACAAGUUAACUUAUUCACAUGGUGAAUACCUAAUACAUUACAUAUGUGAGAACCGCAUCAUCUAUAUGUGCAUUACAGACAACGAAUUUGAUCGCACGCGCGCCUUCCUUUUUCUUGCGGAUAUCAAACAAAAAUUCAUACAAACAUAUGGACUACAAGUAGCAACAGCUAUUGCUUAUGCAAUGAAUACGGAAUUCUCAAAAGUUCUAGCGGAACAGAUGGCACAUUUUAGUCAAUCGCGUGAGGUGGAUAUGAUUUCAAGAGUUCAUGGUCAAAUUGACGAGUUGAAAGACAUUAUGGUAAAAAAUAUUGACAGUCUUCGGGAUCGCGGCGAAAGGCUGGAAUUGCUUGUAAAUAAAACGGAAAACCUUAGUAAUAACUCUGUUGCAUUCCGCAAAGCUUCUCGAAACUUGGCACGACAAAUGUUCUGGAAAAAGGUGCGCAUCUACGUCGUAGUAGUGCUCAUAAUAAUAUUUGUUGUUUAUGUGAUUAUAAGUAUGUUCUGUGGUGGUCUUGCAUGGCAGGGUUGUGUUGCGAAUUAGAAAAAAAUAUAUAUACUUGAUAAGGUUUUACCCAAAAUCUUUAUCUCUUCGUACAUUUGAAUCUUUCUUGUCUACGACUCGUAUUUUUAUUCAAUAUAUGUAGUUUGUAUUUAAGACAUUUUAUUUUUAAUCUUCAUUUAUGUAUGUAUAUGACACGAAUAUUUAUAAAGUAUAUGCAUUCGAAAAUAUUAUUUUCCCGAUGAAUGGAAGAGAGCGCAUAGCGUUCUAGACGGGUCUUUACAAUGGUGAAAUGCAUGUAAAGAAAUAAAUAAAAUUCAUCGCUUUAUUUAUU